AUGCUAGCAGUGGCAGCCCGCCAAAAGACGUUAACGCACCAGAGGCGGCGGCCGGCAGCGGCCAAAGGAGAAGGAGCCGGCCUCGUGCCUGCGGAUCCAGUGGAGCGCAUCCUCCACCUUUACUAUCAUGACUUCAUUCAAUUUUCGAUGGCAGCCACCUGCGACGGAGCACUGACGGUCAUCCAUGAUCUCGCAGUCCUUGAAAUCACGACGUCGCGCCUGGGGUCCAACAUGCCGGAUGUGGACAUGGCCGCAAAUGAUGUGCCGGCCGACCUUGAUCCUUUUGAGGACGACUGGGUCCGGGACCUUGAGCCUGUUGCCUUGAUUUUCGAGCCUUCUGCCAAAUACCACGAGCACGACGCCCUGAACCACGGCCUGAGAAGGUCGGCGUCGGAGUCGAAUUAUUCCAUGUCCAACUUCCGGACCAUCGAUAUUUCGAAAGUGAACGAGGAUCGCCACCAGUGGCAGAGACUGGACACUUUCCAUACACCGUUCGGGCACUGCGGCGACAUAGAGGAUCCCCCGAAACCUGGCAAACCCGGAUGCCGAUUCCGGCACGAGAUGUUGGAGCAAUUUUGGCUCCAGAUGUCGAAGCAGAUGAAGCAGCAGUUCGACCUGAACACUGAGAUACUGCGUGGGGAGAUGCAGAGGUUUAGUGCCGAGAUGUCCGCGAACUUUGCGCUGCUCAGAGCGGACGUGGCGAAGAGGACCUGCGACGUGGACUUUACGCAGGUCCUUGAGGCCAUCCACGCGCAGAAGCAAGUGAAGCUGGACCUAGACUUCUCCACCAUCACGUCGGCCAUUCAAGCCAACAAGGCCGACCUGUCGGAAGUUCUGAGAGCUAUACGUGAGCACAAGCCUGAUGUUGACUUCACAUCGGUGUUUGCCGCCAUUGAUGCCAAGAAGGUGGAUGUUGACUUUGCACCUGUGAUGGCGGCGAUUGAUGCGGCCAAGGUUCAUGUUGACUUCUCACCAGUGCUUGCCGCAAUUGAUGCGAAGAAGGUUGAUGUCGACUUCUCGUCGGUAAUCGCUGCCGUUGAUGCGAAGAAGGUCGAUAUUGACUUCUCCGCAGUUCUUGAUGCCAUCCGUGAGCACAAGCCCGACAUUGACUUCUCACCAGUGAUCGCCGCCAUCGAUGCCAAGAAGAUUGACGUAGACUUGGACUUGUCAUCGGCGGUCACGGCAUCAUCUGACGCUGCAAAGCUUGAUGUUGACUUCUCCGAGGUUUUACAGGCCAUCCGUGAGCACAAGCCGAAGGUGGACUUCUCGCCGGUGAUUGCCGCUAUUGAUGCCAAAAAGGUUGAUGUAGAUGUGGACCUUUCAUCAGUAAUAGCAUCCAUUGGCGCCAGAAAGCUUGAUGUAGACUUCUCCGAAGUCCUACAGGCCAUCCGGGAGCAGAAGCCUGCUGUUGAUCUAUCAUCGGUGGUCGCCGCCGUUGAUGCGAAGAAGGUUGACGUUGACUUGUCUGAGGUAUUGAAAGCCAUCAAUGAGAAGAAGUGCGAUGUGGACUUCACCCAAGUCCUGCAAGCCAUCCGCGAGCAAAAGCUGGACGUCUCGCCGGUGCUGGCAGCCAUUGACGCCAAGAAGUUGGAUGUCGACUUGUCGCAGGUGAAGGUUGAUGUGGACAUCUCGGCGAUCAUGACCGCCAUUGAGGCUAACAAGCCGGACGCACACUUCUCCGAGGUCCUUCAAGCCAUCCGCGACGUGACCCUGGACGUGGACUUCUCGGAAAUCUUGAAGGAGAUCCGGAACAUCAAAGUCGACGUGGACAUCUCGCAGGUGCUGCAGACCCUGCGCGAGCACACGGACCCGCGCCCGAUCCUGGAUGCGAUCGCAGGUAUCACGGCCUCCGUUACUGCUCACGUUGAGGCCAACUUCGGUGUGGAGGUGCGGGCAGUGCACCGAGUUGAUAGCCCAAAUGGGUAG